GAAACUCUCAAAACGGUCCUCCCAAAUCUAAAACAAGAACUCCCGUCUGCCCUGAAUUUACUGUUCUUUUUUUUUUUUCUUUCUGUACUCUCUAUUACUGACCUCCCAUGGCGAGCAAUAGCAACAACGGAGAUGUCCUGAUGCUGGAAGCUCCACCGGAUGCCUCCCGGCCAUGGAACGCAGAAAUCAUCGACGCAUUGCCCUACAUCGACGACGACUACGGUGAUCCCAGAGUCAAAGACGAGGUCGACCGCAUGGUCAAGCAGGAGAUGCGUCGCAGCUCAAAAAAGCCUUCUGAUUUUCUCAAAGACCUCCCCCCUCUCACCAAGUUCAGUUUUCAGAAUCAUCCUAUGCUUGCGAAAGAGUACGAGCGUGUGAGAGCUGGGAAGCCGCCUGUGAUUCUUGAUACGACACGGUAUCAAUUGGAAAUGCUGCCUGUGAAUAAGAGAAACGAUGAAUCUGCUUGGAAGCAGGCACUUCAGAAAGCUCAGCGCUUGUCACAGCAUCAAGUGAUCAGGCUGGAAAAUUUGGAAUUGAUGUCUAAAUAUGGUCCUGAUGUCUGGAAGCAGCACAACCAACGAUUAGAAGCAUUCUUAUCCAGAAUGCAAAGAUUAGCGCAUGAACAAAAUGAAAAGAUUGAAGCUGUAAAUCGUGAAAGAAAAUACCACCAGCAAAACACUGCAUACGAGUUCAAUGCUUUGUCCAUGCAAUGGAAGGAGCUUUGUGCAAAAAAUAUAGAAAUCCAAGCUGCAUGUGCUAAAAUUGAAAGUCAGAUAGAGGAAUUGAGGCAAGAAGCUGCUGAGAGGUAA